AUGUCAUCAUCCCGCGCCCUCCUGCCAGCGACGCGCCGGCGGCUGGCGCAGCCCUUCGCUCGCCCGGCCUCCCCCUCCCUGGUUCCGCGCUCUGGUUCCGCCAUGGAAUCUAACAAGGAUGAAGCCGAGCGCUGUAUUAGCAUCGCCCUCAAGGCCAUCCAGAGCAACCAGCCCGACCGGGCGCUCCGCUUCCUCGAGAAGGCGCAGCGGCUGUACCCGACGCCGCGUGUUCGCGCCCUGAUUGAGUCCCUCAACCAGAAACCACAGUCUGCCGGUGACCAACCCCAACCCACAGACACCACCCAUGCGACCCAUAGGAAAGCAGGUGGGUCCGACACCCCCUCGGCCAAUGGCGAAGCCGGGGGAGGAGGAGAGACCACCAAAGGCUACACUUCGGAACAAGUAGCAGCUGUGAAAAGGGUCAAGCAGUGUAAAGAUUACUAUGAGAUCCUGGGAGUGAGCAGAGGGGCCUCCGAUGAGGACCUGAAGAAGGCCUACCGCAAACUGGCCCUCAAAUUCCACCCAGACAAGAACCAUGCACCGGGCGCCACUGAAGCUUUCAAAGCCAUUGGCACAGCAUAUGCAGUACUUAGCAACCCAGAAAAGAGGAAGCAGUAUGACCAGUUUGGUGAUGACAAGAGCCAGGCAGCCCGGCAUGGCCAUGGGCAUGGGGACUUCCACCGUGGCUUUGAGGCUGACAUCUCCCCAGAAGACCUCUUCAACAUGUUCUUCGGCGGUGGCUUCCCAUCUAGUAACGUCCAUGUCUACAGCAAUGGCCGUAUGCGCUAUAACUACCAGCAAAGGCAGGAUCGAAGGGACAACCAGGGUGACGGCGGGCUGGGGGUAUUUGUCCAACUGAUGCCCAUCCUCAUCCUGAUCCUCGUGUCAGCUCUGAGCCAGCUUAUGGUCUCCAGUCCACCCUACAGCCUGAGCCCAAGGCCGUCGGUGGGCCACAUUCAUAAGAGAGUCACUGACCACCUGAACGUCGUCUACUACGUGGCAGACACCUUCUCUGAGGAGUACACAGGCUCCAGCCUAAAAACAGUGGAGCGGAACGUGGAAGAUGAUUAUAUUGCUAACCUCCGAAACAACUGCUGGAAGGAGAAGCAGCAAAAGGAAGGCUUGUUAUACCGGGCCCGCUACUUUGGCGACACAGAUAUGUACCACAAAGCACAGAGGAUGAGCACCCCAAGCUGUAACCGACUGUCAGAGGUGCAGGCCUCCCUGCAUGGAUAGUCCUGGGCCAGCCACGCUACUGAGGUCCAAACCAUGAAAUCCCUGGAGAAUUUUUGGUGACAUGCACUGAGCCAAGGUGACAGACUGUAUAUUUAAGGAAAGACAUAAAAAGGAAAAAACAAAAAACAUUAAAAUGGAUUGGAGGCCGAACGCCACACAACUGUCCUCUCUCUCACCCAGUAAAUGCAGAAAGCUCUUAGGACAGACAGGAAAACCUGCCACGGGCCUGCUUCCCUUCCUCCCAGGGCUGGCAGAGGCUCAGGCUCCGAAGAGGCUCAGGCUCCACAUCGGCUCUCUCCUAGGAUACAGAAACCAUGGCAACGAAAGCAGAAUGUAAAACUUGUAGCAAAUGUCUGUGGGAAGGGCUGGGGGAGGGGGCGCCCCACUGCCUUUCUUCCCCCUCCCAGGAGCCACCACCAGUCACCUCUCAGUGGAAUCCAGUCAGAGGCGUAGGCAAAGGAUAGAGGAGGAAAGAACUUUCCAGAGAAUGUAAUGUAUAGAUGCGUGUAUAUGUAUAUAUAUCUAUUUAUAUGUAAAUAGCAUAUAUAAAGAUAUAUAUAGAUAUAUAGUCUACUUUUCAAACUGCAGGGAUUUGGUGAAUUGUUUAGUUGAUUUCUUCCCUGUUUUAGAAAACGGACUGUUUGGGGAAGGCAACCUGGUCCCUCACAGGCUAGACAUGAGCCAUAGCUGACAGCAGGAGAAAAGUCGGGUCAGCUCUUAACAUUCCCCUCAGCCAGCCUGGUUUUAAUGGCAGCAGCAAUCAUGAUAGUGUAAAUCUGUGGGAAGUUUUUGAAGGUUGCCAGAUUUAUGGUUAAGUUUGAGGGGAGAAAGUGCCCUUAGGGCCAGGUGCCAGGUCAGUAUUGAGUCAUGGUAGAGGCCCCAGAUGGCCUGGGGUGAGGUCACCCACCUCAAGCUUUGGCCAGCUCAGGUGGGCUCUUUGUCCUGGUGCCCAGGAGCCCUCUGACCCCCUGCCAGAGAACAGCAAGGUUGUGGAGGGACCAGGUUCUGCCUAGCCACCUCGCCUCGCCCCCUUAGUCCCUGAGUGAGUCUUGCCUUAUAGGUGCCACAGGGCGCACAGCUCCAUGGUUGCCACUGGUUUUUCCUGAGUCGUGUACCAAGGACUCUAGAAGGCUCUUCCUCCAAGAGUCAGCCAGCUGGUACCAGGACCCCAGGGCAGCAGCUUACUCCUGAAGAAAGUCUGCCUGUGGGCACAUCUGUCUCUGCCCUCCAUGGACAUGACGCCACCUGGCCUUCUCUUGCACUUUGGACAAAGGAUGUAUUUGAAUCAGGAGGGUUUUCUUAUCCUCACCUUCAAAUGAGGAUUUUUCUCAAAACAGCAGUUGCUGCCAGGGGAAUGAAGGGAGGUUUUAUUUAUUCCCACAGUUUCAGCUGGGCCUUUUGGAAUUACCAUUUUUCCCCUGAAUUUUCCUCUGGCGGUGGGUGUGUCUUUGAGCCUGCCAUCUUCCAAAGCCUUACUUCCCCAAGCUGCCAGCCAGGAGGUGAUAACCAUCCUCCCAGAGUUUCUCCUGGCUCUUUUUAAAGUUCCCCAACAAACAGGUUCUUGGUGGGAAAGGAAGUUUGGUAAAGAAAUGUCAAAUCUGGUUUUUGAACAAGAUCCUGCCCUGUGAUGAAGUGGCCACCCCGGCCCAGAGAAAUGUUAACUGGACAUGGGCAACGGUGUCCCACCACAGUGGCCCUGGCACUCUGCCCCACCAUCCCGACAGCUGGUCUUGGUAGCUGUCCCUAGACAGUCUGAGCCAUGUGCAAUAAGAACAUAGAUCCUAAAGGAUCCCCUGAGAAGCUGUAUUUCUUGAAAUUAGAAUUCUGAAAUUGUACAUCUAUAAAUAUGUUUAUUAUGUGA